GGAACUCUGCACCAGUCUGGAGGGAGAGCAGCUUGUACUGAAGCAGGAGACUGAUACUUUUAUGUUGACUCCUACUAACGAGGGUAAUGACCAACAGCUCCUCUCUCACAACUCUCCUGUAGCUGAGAGCCAAGAUCAGGAAGGAAGCAAGGAUGUAGACCCAGAAUCAACUAGAAAUGCAGAGACACAACCAAAGAAAAGACAUCACAAAAACACAAGUCACAGUGACAACGUAUACAACUCUCCCACAACAAAGAGUCACUGUAACACUCAGACAGGUGAAAAGUCAUUCAAAUGCGACACUUGUGGAAAACUUUUUAAGAAUAAGUCCAAAUUGAAAAUACAUCAGAGACACCACACAGGUGAAAAGCCAUACUUUUGCGAAACAUGUGGGAAAAGUUUCAGAACAAGUACGGGUCUGUUGAUCCACAGGAGAACCCACACAGGUGAGAAGCCAUAUACAUGCAACACCUGUGGGAAGAAAUUUACUAACAAUUCAGCCUUGAGUAAGCAUACAAGAACCCACACAGGUGAGAAGCCGUACACCUGCAAUACCUGUGGGAAAAAAAUUAGUAACAAGUCAGACUUGAAUAAACAUACAAGAACUCACACUGGUGAGAAGCCAUAUUUUUGUGAAACGUGUGGGAAGGGUUUCAGUACUAGUGCAUGCUUGUUGGUCCAUGUCAGAAUCCACACAGGUGAGAAGCCGUACACCUGCAACACCUGUGGGAAAAAGUUUAGUGACAAGUCAGACUUGAGUAAGCACACAAGAACCCACACUGGUGAGAAGCCACAUUUUUGUGAAACAUGUGGGAAAGGUUUCACUACUCGUACAGUCUUGUUGGUUCACAUGAGAAUCCACACAGGUGAGAAGCCUUAUUCUUGUGAAACAUGUGGGAAAGAUUUCAGAACUUCUUAUGAAUCCUUGGUCCACAUGAGAAUCCACACAGGUGAGAAGCCGUACACCUGUGACAUCUGUGGGAAAAAGUUCAGUCAGAGGUCCAAAUUGAAAAUACAUCAGAGACGCUACACAGGUGAGAAGCCAUAUUUUUGCCAAACGUGUGGGAAAAGUUUCAGCUCAAAUCCGUGUCUGUCAGUUCACAUGAGAAUCCACACAGGCGAGAAGCCAUAUUCCUGCAAAACCUGUGGGAAGAAAUUUACUCACAAUUCAUGCUUUAGGAACCAUACAAGAACCCACACAGGUGAGAGGCCGUAUACUUGCAAUACCUGUGGAAAGAAAUUUACUAACAGCACAGGCUUGAGGAACCAUACAAGAACCCACACAGGUGAAAAGCCAUAUUUUUGUGAAACGUGUGACAGCGUUUUCACUACGCGUACAAGCUUGUUGGUCCACAUGAGAAUCCACACAGGUGAGAUGCCCUACACCUGCAACACCUGUGGGAGAAAAUUUCGUGGGAGGACAUCCUUAAGCACGCAUACAAGAACGCACACAGGGGAGAAGCCAUAUUUUUGUGAAAGGUGUGGGAAAAGUUUCGCUACUAAGCAAAUGAUGUUAAUCCACAUGAGAAUCCACACAGGGGAGAAGCCAUACCCCUGUGACAUCUGUGGGAAAAUGUUCAGUCAGAAGCCACACUUGGUGACACAUCUGAAGAUCCAUAAAAAAUAAAAAUUCAUGUAAUUCCUGAACAUGUUGGAGAGCUUUCAGACUGAAUGGGGAAUUGACAGUCCAUAUGUAAAGAGCCUUUGAAAAAUGAUCUUGGAAAAGUAUUAGUUUUACAGUGAGUGCAUAGAUUCUAAGAAUAUAAAUGACUGAACUCUGAAAUAUUGUUGAAUUUUAGAUUUUUAUGCCCUAUCACAGUUAUGAGUGGGCUGGUCUGUAAUGUUAAAGCCGAGAAACUCUCAACGCUGUUUUGUCACUUAUGUGGUCAUUUAACCAUCUAGUUCAUUUUGUAUUGAUCAUGUGCAUUCAUUUGUUAUUUUUAAUAAUUUUUUGAUUGGAUGAAUUUGAUGUAGUUUGUAUGUUCUCAAGUUUUAGAAGUGAUGCACAAAGAUAGGUUGUAGAGGGUGAACUACAUUGUUUUGUAAA